GUCAUAGCCUGCGUAGUCUCUCCUUGCUUGUGUGUUCACACACAGCACUGAUGGGAUAAGAAGAUAUGACGCAUGAGCGUGCAGUGCAGCCAGGGGUGUGUGUGAAUGUGUGAGGAGAAGGAUCGAGGGUGUGUGAGGACAGACAGCCAAGUGCAUGCCAGUCGGAAGUGAGGAGUGACAUAGCUGAAAGAGCUCCCAUAAUUUCUUGCUGGAUUUGCUGGAUGUUUCUUUUUUGCAGCCGCGCAGCCUGAGAGGGAGGACAGAGAAGUAUGUUUUCAACAUCUUCUCAUUAAAUAAGACGGAGAGGAGGAGGAGGAGGGCACUCAAAUGGAUACUUUCCGAAAUUACAGUUCUGCUCACAACAAGGACACGAUGACUAACAGUCCUUUUGGAAAUGCUGCAUAUUUGUGGGGUGACUAAAAUGUAAAGUGUUGUGAAGAGCGCUGUUCAUUGUUCUUUCACAACCAGCAAGAACAACAACAGAAAGCCAAUGGGCAAGUAAAAGCCUAUACACCACAGACCAGAAGAUCAUACAGAGCGACUGUUCUUCUGCCUUCCUGGCCCAGAGAUGAGUGUUUCUGAGGCCAGUGAGAGCUUCACUGUCAGGGAGAGAGGUGGACCCAGCAUGAGGCUAACUCUCCACAGUGCUGGAGACCACAAUGGGAAUGCUUUCCCAAUUUCCUCUUCCUCCUCCUCUUCCUCCUCCUGUCUGGGGGAGUCAUCUCCUGAGUCCCUGCGGAGUCUGAGCAGCCUCAGUGGGGACCGGCCUGACAGCCUGCUGGACUAUGACAUGUUUGAGGUCACCUUGAUGACCAAAACGAAUGAAAUGACAGAUGUGGUCAUUUCAAAAUGGGUGCCAGAAGAGGACGGUAAACAAGAUGAGAAUGAUGAUGUCUCCGUGGGAAACAUACAAAACGAGCUGUCAGAAUCCAAUGACAACUCUGUUUACCUAGACGCCAGCAGCGGUGAAUACCUCCGGGACACCUGGAACGAUAACAACAACUUGACACUGGCCCUGUCCCUGACGACAAACAGCGGUAACCAUGGAAACAAUGCUGACUUCAGCUGUGGAAGUGGAAGAAGGGAUGGCUCCACAAGCCCAGACUCAGAUGCAACUGAAAUCCCUGUUGAUGAUGAUGAUGAUGAUGACAAUGAAGAGGCUUUGUUUCUCUCUGUGAGCUCUGACAUGGGUGUGCAGAGAAGCAACAUGACCCUCACUAGCUCAAACAGUCAGUCCAACAACGGCACCCAUGCUGUGAUGAGUGCGCUCCACACAGAGGCCACUGAGGCUGUGAGUGUACCUGAUGAUGACAGGCCGCAGCAGCUCCCUGUGGACCAGACAGAACCUCCAGCUUCUGAGGACGUCUGUGAAGCCACCCAGAUAUCAUCAUCUUGUUCCUUCUCUACCAGUCCAGCACAAGAUUCUAAAGAAGUCACAUCUUCUCCUGAGAAAGCUGAAAACUCCAAACCCACCCAUCCUAGCACCAGUCAGCCGGCCAGAGCGGCAAACCCCAAGCCAACCGCUGCUACUUCAACAGCUCUCAAGACAGUAGCCUCCACUGGCAUCAAACAAUCCAAUCAGGAGGCAAAGAAAGUUUCCAAACUGGACCUAAAAAAUGUCAAGGCUAAAGUUGGAUCAUGGUCCACACUGUCCAAAGCACCCAGCAAGCAGAACAAAUCUGCUCCAGCAAAUGGAAAGAAAGCUGUUCCUAGGAAGGAGGACGCACAGACUGGGAAUGAGGAUAAAAGACAAAGGUCAUCUGCAAGUCCAGUUAAAGUGGCCGUGGUGCUGAAACCCAUCAGAGGAAAGAGUAUACUGAAAACCAGCCACAAGACAGCAGCCAAUGACUCUGCUCAGCCAGAGAAGAGGAGUGCAGCCAUUAGUCGAGCACUCUCUGCUUCCACCAGCUCCCUGGGGUCUGAGAUGAAUGAAGAGGGAUUCCUGCACACUCCCAGGAAGGCUGUCCAGGAAGUGCCUGAAAAAUGUGGAAUAAGUGAGAGUGUGGAGACAACGCAUCCAGUAGGAGACACUGCUGGAGAGCCUGAGGAGGACCAAAGAGAGGGGACUGCAGAGACUUUAAUGACAGAGGUCGUCGUGGAGAAACCAAGAACUCACAGCGGGAAAGUCUCCUCAAAACUGGGGCCCAGGCAGCAGGGGAAAGGCAGCAGAGUGGACAAGGCCUCUGGACCAGGCUUAGCGGCUGAACCUCGAGGACAGGGGAGCCCCGGGCCCAGGCAAGCCCGAGGUGACGGCUCUGUGCUGGGACAAGGUGGACAGACUGCUGGGGGUGGAUCUCCAACAAGAGUGAGGCAGACCCUGAGUCAUGGCCAGGUUAUCCCCAAACCUCACACCGCCACAGAGCGAGCGUCUGCAGUUACUGACCUGGCUCCUGCAACCUCUGUCUCCAAACCAUUAGCCAAUCAGCAGCCAGCACUGGGGUCGAACGGGCGACCUGUCACUUCAAAGCUUCCUGUUAAGGGAUUACCCACAAGCCCCAGUUCCUCAUCACCGGGGAGCAGUGAGAACAAUGGAGCCACAAGCAAAGCAUCUGCAGGAGCUCCAGCACCAUCAGGGACCAAGCUAGAUGAGCGGCCCAGCAGAAGCACGGUACCUGUAGGCAGCCAGAGUGCAGCAAAGCCCCCUGGCUCCAGCACCGCAGCUAUCAGCACCAGUACUCCCAGUGAUGCAGUUACCAGUUCUAACAGUGGCGUUGCUGCUGCUCCGAAGCCUCCUGCUAUGAGGAGCAGAGCUCUGUCUUUGCAGGCCAGGACCACUGCUCUAGGUCUGAAGGCCCCAGCAGCCACCAACCACACCACAGCCAAGAUGGCAGCUGCCAGUCACACUGCAGUAAAGACUGCUGCUAGUCAAGGGCUGCUGAAACAGGCGUCCCAGCAUCCCUUGCAACGAAGUGGCUCAGUAAGACUCAGUCGACUGAACAGCACAGUGGACAAAAACAAGCCUCGGGAGGCGCUAGCAAGAUCUGCAACCACCAACAGCAGCUCACAGGCGGCAGCAGCUGCAGGAGGAAACAGCCAGAAGCAGCAGCAAGCUCCACCUGACCUGGUAGCAGAUGUGAUGAGUCCAAAUGCUCCAGUGACACCAGUUCUACCAGUUCCUCUGGCUGAAAACACCAUCAGUGGGUCAGGCACCACUGGAGCCUCUGCUCUUGGGUUCAAAGUAAGAACCGGGUCACGAUCCAGCCCCAAAACCGGGUCCCGCAUACAGAAUGCCUGUAAAUCUGGGGCGGCCGGGGCUGCUCCCGUGGAUGGGACAGUCGCGGCUAAACAGAACCAGAGCAGAGAGCAGGUGGAGAGGAAGAACCAGGCCAUCAACCAGCUGAGGAAGCUGCUCAUCCAGGGCAAUAAGAGAGUGGAGGCUCUGGCGACAGUCAUCCAGCAUGUCUUCACUGAGCGAGAGGAGGCCUUGAAGCAGAAGAAGGAGCUGUCGCUGGAGCUUGCACACCUCCGAGAUGAGCUGGUCACGUCGUCGCAGUGCUGCGAGCGUCUACAGAAAGAGAAGGAAGAGGUGCGCUUCAGCUUGGAGGAGGCUUUGAAGAGGCUGCAGGAUGAGCACAAGGAGGAGCUGGUGCAGCUGGAGGACAGACUGAGGAGUUUCUACCAGACAGAGUGGGACAAAGUCCAUCAGACGUACCAGGAGGAGGCUGACAAAUGCCGCAUGUUGAUGGAACAGCAGGUGGAGGCGCUGAGGAGCCGACAGGAAGCAGAGAGGAAGAGCCAGGAAGCGAGUCACAGCCAGAAGAUGGAGUCUCUCAAGCAGCAGUAUGAGAGCUCCAUACAAGAGCUGAAGACCAUCCAGCAGACAGAACUGGAGAGCCUGGAGAAAACACUGAAGGAGACUGAAACUUCUCUCUCAGAAAAGAUCUCUGAGCUGUCAGCAGAGAAGCAGGCUCUGAACGAGCAGCUGCAAGCAGAGGAGGAGAAGAGGAAGCGGAUCCUCUCUGACAAGAACCUGAAGGACUCCCACACAGUGUACCUGGAGCAGGAGCUGGACAGUCUGAAGGUGGUGCUGGAGAUCAAGAACACCCAGCUGCACCAGAAGGAGAAGAAGCUCAUGGAGAUGGACAAACUGGUGGAGGUUAAUGUGAAACUGGAGGAGUGUGUGAAGAAGCUCCAACAGGAGAACGAGGACUACAAGGCCAGAAUGGACAAACACGCUGCUCUCUCCAAGCAGCUCUCCAAUGAACAGGCCAUACUUCAGCAGACGCUGCAAAAAGAGUCCAAGGUCAACAAGCGUCUGUCCAUGGAGAAUGAGGAGCUCCUGUGGAAGCUGAACAAUGGCGACCUGCUGGCGAGUCCCCGCCGUCUCUCCCCCACCUCCCCCUACAGCUCACCGAGGAACUCUGCCUCCUUCCCCUCUGCUGCACCCUUAUCGCCUAGAUAACCCCACACAACAUUAACCCCGUCCUCUUCUCUGAGCAAGGGUGGCGGUCGUUCCAAAUGCAGAGAGAGACUGCAAACACAGCAGUGGAAUAAACUGCAUUAAAAAUGUUUAUUUUGAAAGCGAAAGCCGCUGCAGAGGCACCAAUGCACUUCAGCCAGCAUGGGACUGGCUUCGCUCCUUCAGUCUCUAAACUCCUGGUUCCAACCAUCCUUUCUUCUUUUCUCUGAAGAAAACUGAAUAGGUGGCACACCUCAGGGUCUGUACAUAGCGCCUCGCUCUGGUUAUGACUACCUUUACCUUUUUGUUUUCUUUAGUUAUGUUGUACAGCUGAAGAUCUUUUUAUGCCCCUCUUUCUCAAGAGAUGGGCGAGGAAACACCUUGACUUUGUGGUGGAUGCAGGUUUGUGGAAACGGGCUCAGAGUUGUUUGGGAAAUCAUGAAUAAAAACAUAAACUCAACUUGUGUUUUCUUUCGAUGCACGUGCCACAUAUGCAGCCGUGCAGAGGUUGUUUUGUGUUUUGUCAGAUCAUAAAAUGACGGGUACUUCCUGGUGGAUUUGCAUGAACUGUUUUGCCUUUUCCCUUCAUUCAACACUUUUCUUUCCCAAAGAGCGAAGCUCAAUCACUGGUCCUCGUUGGACCUCUGGAAGAAGUGAAGAAUUUCAUGUCCUCCUUUGGACAAACAGGAUCUAAUGCUCUGUGUAUCUGAGAGACUGACCUUGUGUUAUUGACACCGAUGUUUGUUCCUCCAUGCAAGCUCCUCACAACCUCUACCUUAAUCUACUAUGUGGAAUGUAAUCACCCUUGGAUGUUAAAUCUGAACAAGGCAGUUCAGACACACACGCAGAGCCAAACAUGCAGUUUAUUUAACAAGGAGGGUGCUGGCCAGAGCAGUAUUUACCCUCCUUCCAUGUACUCUUUUCCUUAAAUCUCCCUUAAGGAGAUAAAAUUCCCCAGCCUUCUUUUAUCACCACCUUGUGCCCAAGCAGAAACAAAGCAAAGCUGGAGCAGUGACUGGCAAGUUAAUAUCUGUCUUUGCUUUGGGUCAUGUAUAGAAUCACCCAUCAGCACUCAUUUCCACAGAGAAACCUCUACCUGACAGACACUGGCCUCUGUUUUACUGAAUCCAAAAACGAUCACUAUGUUUAUCUGUUUGUUCUGGAACGCCUCAGAUGUACCUAAAUUGCCUCAGUGUACCAUGUUCAGUUUUAUUUUGGAUGCAGAAUAAAUACAA